GUGGUGUGAUGACGUCACGUAAAUUGGCAUGUGUCGAGAGCCGGGGGUACAGUUUUAACGGUCAACUUCAGACACGAUUAAAUCAACAACGCAAAUCGAUCCUUAAACAACAAACAUCGGUAGAAGGAAUUUGUAAGAGCAAUUUCCCCCCUCUCACAAAGACGCUCCUCUCCUUGUGGUGCUAAAACGUUUCCGCGUUCAGUAGCUAGCUAGCUGUCUCUGUAGCGAGUGGAACACAUGGAUAACUUUGUUUUGUAACUUCGGUAAGUUAGCUAAUUAUUAUCAUGCUCCUGUCAUCGUUUAUACAUUGCAGCACACCAUCCAGAUGCUUUCCAAUAAAAACGUGUACGCGGUGUUGCCAAUACAGUACAGGAAGGAGCGUCCGUAAAGUCGAUACCCCAGUGUUGUUGAAGAACACAUUGACUUUCAACCGCAGUGGUGGACACGGCGGAAAGCAGCAAUACAUGAGGAUGAAGAACUCGCGGAAGAGAUGCUUUUCAUCUGAAUGUGACGAGGUUGGUCAUCAGCAUGAACAUGGGGAUGUGAGAGUGAGGUUCGCUCCGAGUCCAACAGGUUUCCUACACCUGGGGGGGCUGCGUACAGCCCUCUACAACUAUAUCUACGCUAAGAAGUAUGGAGGGAGCUUCAUCUUACGCAUGGAAGAUACAGACCAGAGCAGACUGGUGCCGGGAGCUGCAGAGUCUAUAGAGGAUAUGUUGGAGUGGGCUGGUAUCCCCCCAGACGAGAGUCCUCGUGGAGGAGGCCAGUACGGUCCCUACCUCCAGUCCCAGAGGCUGUCCCUGUACAGCCAGGCUGCUGACUCCUUGGUCCAGACAGGGAAGGCCUACCACUGCUUCUGCAGCCAGCAGAGACUAGAAUUACUGAAGAGAGAGGCCCUACGCAGCGGACAGACACCGCGGUAUGACAACAGGUGCAGACACCUCCGCCCAGACCAGCUGGAGGAGAAGCUGGAUCAGAAGGUCCCCCAUGUGAUCAGGUUCCGACUGGAGUCUGGAGUGGAACCCUUUAACGACCUGGUCUUCGGGUGGAACCGUCAUGAGGUGGCCCAGGUUGAAGGAGACCCUGUCGUGUUGAAAGCUGAUGGUUUCCCCACCUAUCACCUGGCUAACGUAGUAGACGACCACCUGAUGGAGGUCAGCCACGUCCUGAGAGGAUCAGAGUGGCUCAUCUCUACCUCCAAACACCUGCUGCUGUACAGGGCUCUGGGCUGGAAGCCCCCGGUGUUUGGACACCUUCCUCUCCUCCUCAGCAGAGAUGGCAGUAAGCUCUCCAAGAGACAAGGAGAUAUCUACAUACAGAGUUUCCAGAGGAGUGGGGCCCUACCUGAAGCACUACUGGAUAUCACCACACACUGUGGAUCUGGCUUCAACAGUAACCGUGUCGGUCGUAAGAUGGAGGAACUGAUCGCUGAGUUCAACCCGUCCAAGAUCACCACCCACUCUGCCCUGCUAGACCUGGACAAACUACCUGAGUUUAACAAGAUCCACCUGCAGCAGCGCAUCGAUGACGCGGUGCAACGCGAUUGGCUGGUGAGGGAUCUGCAGGGGCGGAUCCAGGAAGUGUACGGGACACAGGUCCAGGAUCAGGAUGUUCUGCAACCAGAUUACAUCACACGGGUUCUACACCUGCGCAAGGGUCAUAUCUCAUCUGUGUCUGACCUGGUGUCCUCAGAGUAUUCCUACCUUUGGGUUCGACCUUCUUUCUCUGACCAACAGAUGACAGCACUCAGCUCAGAGACACAACACAUCGCUACUCUGGUCGUACGGUUGAUGGAAGGUCUGAAAGGAGGUGAGGAACUGACAGUCGACCAGCUCAGUGUAGAACUGAAGACUCUGGCUAAGAAGACCAGCAACACUAAAUACAGAGACGUUAUGAAGAUUAUACGACUGGCCCUCAGCGGACUACAGCAAGGCCCCAGUGUAGCGGAGAUGAUGGUAUCGUUGGGGCCCAGUGAGAUCACACAUCGCUUCAACAGAAUUCUACAGCAGCACUGAACAUUGUGGCUGCAGGGCACCCUAUUCCCCAUACAGUGCACUACUGUUGUCCAGGACCCUAUGCCGCAAAACGUUUCGCUACGUUGUGCCAUAAUGAAUAUGACCCUGGUUCAUUAUUCUAACUGGUUAUCUGGUUCUAACACAGCAACGCUGAGGACUGGUUACCUGAUUCUAACAAUAUUCCUGGACUGCAUAUGAUCUCAAUCACACUGGACUUGUAAUGGACAUUCAGUCAAGUUGAACUGGAAAUGUUUGCAAUAAAACAGUUUCUACUAAUGA